AUGCCGGCGAAAAAAACCACACCAUUCCUCACCGUGUUCCUCCUUUUUCUCGGUUUAUUCCGGUUCGAUUCAUUUCCCGGUUUAGAAGCAGCAACUGAAAAAUUGGGUUCGAUUCCGGGAUUAUACGUGUUCGGAGAUUCGUUAGUUGAUGCUGGAAACAAUAAUCACUUAGCAAUCUCAAUAUCAAAAGCUAACUAUCCGCGUAACGGCGUCGAUUUUCCCGGCGGGAAACCCACCGGAAGAUUCUGUAACGGCAAAAACGCCGCCGAUGCGAUCGCUGAGAAAUUUGGUUUACCGUUACCGCCUCCAUAUCUCUCAUUAAGAGGCUUACUAAAAGAGAAAAAGAGAGAAGCCGCCGCCGUAACCGGUGUGAAUUUUGCUUCUGGAGGAGCCGGAAUCUUCAACGGUUCCGACCAAACUUUUAGGCAAUCUAUUCCUUUAUCGCACCAAGUGAACUAUUGGCUCUCUAUUCAUGAAGAAAUCACGACUCAGCUUGGACCAUCCGAAGCACAAUCUCACUUAUCCAAAUCUCUAUUCGUCGUGGUCAUAGGCAGCAAUGAUCUGUUCGACUAUUUUGGAUCAUUUAAACUUCGACAAAAGAGUAAUCCUCAACAAUAUACACAAUCAAUGGCCGAUAAACUCAAAGGGCAAUUGAAGAGAGUUCAUGACACCGGAGCCCGAAGAUUCCUAGUACUCGGAGUAGGGCAGAUUGGUUGCACACCGGGAAGAAGAGAGAAGAACUCGACGAUACAUGAAUGCGACCAAGAGGCAAACAUGUGGUGCUCUUUGUACAACGAAGCUCUAGUAAAGAUGUUGCAACAACUCAAUGAAGAGCUACAAAGCUCAAUGUCUUACACUUAUUUUGAUAACUUCAAGUCCGUACAUGACAUAAUCUCCAACCCUGCUCGUUACGGUUUUACUGACGUGACAUCAGCGUGUUGUGGAGAUGGUGAUUUAAACGCGGAGUCUCCUUGUCUUCCCCUGUCAAAGUUAUGUCCAGACCGAACCAAAUAUCUCUUCUGGGAUCGCUACGGUCAUCCCACGGAAGCUGCUGCUCGAACCAUCGUCAAUCUUAUGCUUACUGAUGAUUCACAAUACUCAUCUCCUUUGACUCUCACUCAAUUGGUCUCUUCGUGA